UUGUUGUCUGUUGCCGUGAGUGCAUUUCUGUGAUCUACAGAAUGUGUCUAAUACCUGGCUGCAAACCAAAAUUCAAAAUUUGGGAUAAUAAUGAAGUUAAAGUUGAUUUCUUUCCAAACAACUCCCACUUUUCUUUAAGCUUCUACACUGAAGACCUUUCACGUCUGCCUCCGUUGUUUUAUUGCCAUGUUAUCACUGCCUCAUGUGCGUUUGUGGACUAAUGUAAACAUCUAUAAGUUACUGCCUUGCAUCUGGCAGAGUUUUCACUCACUUCAAGAGAGUAUUAGCUGUGGAGGUGGACUGUUUUUGCAGGAUAUGAUGAUAUAACGACUCCAGUUUCUUUUUUUGAGUUGAAAAAAAAAAAAAUCGCUUGGCUAAAUAUGUGGUUGUCUAGUGGAGAGAAGGCGCUCCCACUGUUGGCUGGUAGUGGCGUCAAGUUGAGCAGUUGUGAGUCCCGCAGCCGAACCAUUGGUGCGUAAUGGUGCACGACUGGACGGCAGAUGUUUCACCACCGGGACACUCUGUCUCUGCACACUUUAUCUGAACCCUUCCGACUUUUUUUUUCCUCAGCGUAGGCGUGCGUUAACUUGCUCUACUGCCUUUUUUAAAAAAAAAAAAAAGAAAGAAAAGAAAGAAAAAAAAAAAGUUAUCUGUGGAAGGAAAGAGAAGAAGAAGAAGAAGGAGAAGAAGAAGAAAAGAUUUGGGCUACCUCUUCAAACCGUCCCGGUUUUUACCGGGGGAGUUGUCGUCAUCAGCACCCUAGAUACCCCCCCCCCCCCCCCCCCCCCCCCCUUAGCUCCCUAAAUGGAUGGGGCAGUCUUGGUCUAUGUAGUUCAGCACAGGCCAAAAGAUUGGAAACAACUUGUGAAUAUCCGUCAGUUUGGCGUCUAGAGGGAAACGCUCAGAAAUGCCCGGUUGCUUUGCUGGAGCUCAACUCUGAGGACAUUUCUCCUGCAUUUGUGCUCUUUUUUUUCAGGAGGAAGGACUCUGCUCAAAGUUUACAACAGACAGGAAAACUCAGCGCUGAAGUGGCAGCUCUCACACUGUAGCCCUCGCUAUGGAUUGUAUGUAUUUAUUGAUGUGCUUUUCACUCAGUCACGUAUUUUUGGAGCAUAUUUUCGCUGCAGAAACACAUGAAAAACUCUCUGGAAAGUUAAGUGAAUAUGGUCUUAUCGUGCCAUUCAGCACAGACUCCCAUGGCCGGUACAUUUCUCACGUGGUCUCUGCUGGAAGUGGAAGUAAAGGUGGUGGUGGUGGUGCUGCUGCUGCUGCUGCUGAUGCCCCCUCAGACUUUGGCAGUAAAAGAAGGGUGGCCCGCGGUGCCCCCGAGAUGCCCUCGGUCACCUCCUCCUCGACUCAGCACUUGUUUUUCAAUGUCACUGUGUUUGGGAAAGAACUGCACCUCCGCCUGAGGGCCAACAGGAGGCUGGUGGCCCCAGGGGCUUUUGUGGAAUGGCAGGAGGACUUUGAGGAAAAGGCCAAGGAACGUAUCCAGGGGUACUGUGUUUUCACUGGGGAUGUGAGUGACAUGCCGGAGGCGUCGGUGGCUAUCAGCAAUUGUGACGGACUGGCAGGUCUGAUCCGGACUGAUAAUGGGGAGUUUUUCAUCGAGCCCCUUGAGAAGGGCCAGCAGGACGUGGAAGUGAAGGGGCGUGUCCACGUGGUCUACCGCAGGUCGGCCAUCAAGCGGGAGACGGGCCAGCGGCGGCAGGACCUCCACAAUGAAGUUGGUGACUUUGGGAUCGCUGACCUCCCCGCGGCUCUGGAUCUUGUCGAGCAUAAACUGUCUGAGUCUGAGCGCAAGAGGAGGCACGCGAAGAAAGACGACUACAACAUCGAGGUGCUGCUGGCGGUGGACGACUCUGUGGUGCGCUUCCACGGCAAGGAGCAUGUGCAGAAUUACGUUCUCACACUCAUGAACAUAGUUGAUGAAAUCUACCAUGAUGAAUCUUUGGGCACCAACAUCAACAUUGUCCUUGUCCGCAUGAUCAUGGUCGGGUACCGCCAGUCCAUAAGCCUGAUCGAGCGUGGCAACCCAUCCCGCAGCCUGGAGCAGGUGUGUCGAUGGGCCAACACGCAGCAGCGCCGAGACCCAGAACAUGCAGAGUACCACGACCACGCCAUCUUCCUCACAAGGCAAGAUUUUGGUCCCGCAGGUAUGCAAGGUUAUGCUCCAGUGACGGGGAUGUGCCACCCAUUGAGAAGCUGCACUCUGAACCAUGAGGAUGGCUUCUCCUCCGCCUUUGUGGUUGCUCAUGAAACCGGCCAUGUGCUAGGUAUGGAGCAUGAUGGCCAGGGAAACCGCUGUGCUGAUGAGACAAGUAUGGGGAGCAUCAUGGCGCCACUUGUCCAAGCAGCUUUCCACCGCUAUCACUGGUCACGUUGCAGCAAGCAGGAGCUCAAUCGAUACAUCCACUCCUAUGACUGCCUGCUGGAUGAUCCCUUUGAACACAAGUGGCCCAAGCUUCCCGAGCUCCCUGGAAUAAAUUAUUCAAUGGAUGAGCAGUGCCGCUUUGACUUUGGUGUUGGCUAUAAAAUGUGCACUGCUUUUCGAACCUAUGAUCCUUGCAAGCAGCUGUGGUGCAGUCACCCUGACAACCAGUACUUUUGUAAAACUAAAAAAGGACCUCCAGUGGAUGGAACUGAAUGUGCACCAGGAAAGUGGUGUUUCAAGGGACAUUGCAUCUGGAGAUCCAGCCAGCAGCCUCAGGGCCACGAUGGAAGUUGGGGCUCCUGGUCAAAGUUUGGUUCUUGCUCCAGAACUUGCGGAGGUGGCAUUCGCUCCCGCAGCAGACAGUGCAACAACCCUCCACCUGCCUACGGUGGUCGAGAUUGCCCCGGCUCAGCUUUUGACUACCAGAUGUGUAACACCGAGGAGUGUGCUGGCCCUUACGAGGACUUCCGUGCUCAGCAAUGUAUCCAGAGGAGCAACAAAUACCACAAAAACAUAAAGCACACCUGGCUGCCAUAUGAGCACCCAGAUGAGGGUCGUAAGUGUGAACUGAGCUGUAAGUCAAAGGAAACAGGAGAGGUGGUGUUCAUGAACCAGGUGAUGCAUGAUGGGACCCGCUGCAGCUAUGAAGACCCCUUCAGCGUGUGCGCUCGGGGAGAGUGUCUGCAUGUUGGCUGCGACAAGGAGGUCGGCUCCUACAAACAAGAGGACAAAUGUGGAGUGUGUGAGGGGGACAACUCGCAUUGUCGCACCGUGAAGCUGACACUCACCAAGACGCCCAAAAAGAACGGAAUGCUGAAAAUGUUCGACAUCCCAAUAGGAGCCCGCCACAUUGUUAUAGAAGAGAACGAGACCUCUCCUCAUAUAAUUGCUGUGAAGAAUCAAGUUACUGGAAACUUCAUACUGAAUGCAAAAAGUGAAGACGCUGAAUCAAAGACCUUCAUUGAAAAUGGUUUACAGUGGGAGUACUCCAUGGAUGGCGAGAAGGAGACCCUGAAAACAACCGGUCCUCUGCAUGAAGGCAUUGUAGUUCUGGUCAUUCCCCAGGAGGAGGACACAAAAGUCAGCUUGACAUAUAAGUAUAUCAUACAUGAGGACCUAUUACCGCUUAUUACCAACAACAAUGUGCUUCUGGCUGAACUGGACACCUAUGAGUGGGCACUGAAGAGCUGGUCUCAGUGCUCCAAACCUUGUGGGGGAGGCAUACAGUACACAAAAUAUGGAUGCAGGAGAAAGAGUGACAGCCGUUUGGUGCAUCGUAACUUUUGUGAAACCAGCAAAAAACCUAAACCCAUCCGCAAACGCUGCAAUGUGCAAGAGUGCAGCCAGCCCACGUGGGUGGUGGAAGAGUGGAGCCCCUGUAGCAAGACCUGCGGGAAGCUCGGCUACCAGACCAGGCUGGUGCAGUGCAUGCAGGCGCUCCACAAUGGCACCAACAGACUUGUCCACAGCAAACACUGCACUGAGAACCGUCCCGAGACCAGGAGAGCGUGUAACCACACCACAUGCCCCGCCCAGUGGAGGACAGGGGCGUGGUCACAGUGCUCAGUGACCUGUGGCGAAGGAAUCCAACAAAGGCAGGUGGUUUGCAAGGCCAGCGACAACACCAUCGGAGAAUGCGAGGGCGAGAAGCCGGAAACAAUCCUCAUUUGUGAACUAAGUCCUUGUCCAGGACAGCCAGUGUCUUCUCUCACUGUUGAAACAAUGGGGAACUCUACAAUACAAGAUGAAGCUAUACACCAAAGGGUUCCUGAAAACCCUGUCCACAAAAUCUCUUCAAAUGAGCCAUGUCUUGGAGAUAAAUCGAUUUUCUGUCAAAUGGAGGUUCUUGCCCGUUAUUGUUCCAUCCCUGGAUAUAAUAAGCUUUGUUGUGAGUCUUGCAACAAGAAAGAAAACUUCGCCACUCAUGCUCCUGACCUCCAGAACACAGUGGCCUCAGUAGAACCUGAGCCCUCUUUUCCUUCUCAGCCUUCAUCACCCAUGGCUGCUCUACCCACUACGACCCAGAGCCCGCCCCAAACCACUAAAGCCAUCAGCAGACGGCUACGGUCCACUGCCCCAGUGCCAACCACCGUGACCGCUGCUGAAGCCUCGCCAUCCACAGGUGCUGCUCUGCCCCAGGUUCCCACCAGCAACCCCUUCCUCACAGCUGGGAAGGGAGACUCAGACCCGGGGCCUCUUCUACCUCCAGGGCCGCCACGGCCCACAGCAGACUCCAGUGGAGGUGCCUCUAAAGAGCACAGUCCAAACAGCACUUUAGGCCCAGUCGCUGCCAGGUCAAGAAGGGACGAUUUAGGAUCCGAGAGGGACUCGACUCACAGAACCCUGUCAGCUCAGAAAUAAUGAACAGUGAGCGAUGUUGUGAACGUGCUGCUCAGUGAGACGGUCUCAUACAUCAGCUCACCCUUUGCAGCAUCUGAUAGACUUGCAGUUUUGCUGCAGAUAUUUUCUUUUGUUUUUUUUUUUGUUUGUUUUUGAAGAAUUUUUUUUUUCAUGCCAGUGAACUGACCAGCGAUGGUUACCUCAUCAAAUCUCCAGAGUGACCUGCGUCACUCUGCCCUCUGUGCUUCAAAAACGAAAUGGAAGAAAAAAAAAAAAAAAGUUGUCAAAACGAAGGUGCUGUAAACUAAAACGACUACAAGACGUGUUCAAAAUGUGAUGACUGCAUUGCUACAUUCAUGUUUUUAUCUGUGUACAGUUGUGUAAGCCUGUUUUUUUCAAGUGCAUUAGAACUACUAUUGAACUGGUAUUGUGAACAUGAGGAAAGGUCAAAGGCUAUGGUUGCAAACCACCCGCCACUGUUGGCCAUGGAGGUGCACGUGUCUCUAUGGAGUCUUGAGUGUGCCGACAAAAUAUCUAUAGACUAUAGAGUGUUCAGUUAGAAUCAAUUCAUAAAUUGAUGUAUUUAUAAAAACAAUUUUAUCUUUGCUAAUUAGAUUCAAAUUUAAAGGUCUCAAAGGUCUGUUGAAUAGUAAAAUUUAAUUGCAAAAAUUAUUUUAAAAAAGGUUUUUACAUUUUAUUUUCGGUCUUUACAUUUGCUAAUGAGAAUCCACAGAGACGACUUCAUCCACCUGUUCUUGUUUUGAGUUGAAGGUCACAGCACAAUGCUUUACAUAACAGCUGGCUAAUCAGGGCGCAGAUGAAACUUUAAAAGCACAGACAAACCAGGCAAAUUAAAGCUGACAUCUUUCAGGAUAUUGUGAUGGUAAUUUUUCACCAUUUCCUACAUUUUCUUUCAGACCAAACAAAUGUAACAACAUAAAAUAAUUGUCAGAUUGAGCUAUAUUGAAAAUAGUUGUUUUUGUGGUGAACAGUUGGCCACAGUGUCUUCCCAGACUUCUCUUGUCACUGACCGGCUGAAUCACUGCACAGUAGUGCUAGGUGAAUGUAUCAACAACCUUUUUUUUUUUUUUUUUUUUUUUUACAUUUUUAGCUUUCUCCUCCUGCUUCCGGUCUUUACACUUAACUAAGCUAGCCGGCUUCUCAUUUAAGAGACACACAUGAGAGUGGUAUCGAUCUUGUCAUCUAAUUCUCAGGUAUUUCGCAAAUGUUAUCAUUUUUUGUAUCAUUCAAAUGCUAAUUUGAUUAAUAAAUUAAUAAUAGUUUUUAAAUAAUUGCUCAGUUUUUAAAUUGAUUAUAAUAAAACACUAGUUAAAUCUAUAAUUAUUCCGUCGGCACACUCCAGGCUUCAUAGUCAUCAUUCCUGGCAGGGAGUUUCAUGGCAUCUCUGUCCCCGGUGCUCUUUUUUUGUUGUCCACAUCCAACGUACUGGUGAAUAUCCUCACUGAUAAGCAGUGAGGAUAAUCCCCACUGUAGCAUGCCCCCUGUCUGCCUUUGUGGAAGUCAGUUACUUACGCUUUAAAAACAAAAAAGAUUUUAAAAAAACAAAACAAAAAAAAACACAUUAUGAUAUUUUUUGUAACUGAUAUAUUUUUCAGAUAAUAAUGUAUAUAGUGUAAAUUUCAAGUUAUGAAAAGUUGUGUUUUGCAAUUGGAAAAUACAGGUGAUGCUGUAAGUCUACAGACUGUGGUUGGUCAUACUGUUACACCAUUCCUGCAUUGCAGUUUGUAACAUCAUUAUGUUUAUUGUAUAGUUCUUGUAUAUACCUACGUGAAUGAAAGCUUUAAAUGUUAAUAUUUAUUGAAUUUUUAAGUGGUAUGGAGAACAAAGUAAAAGACAUUUGAAAGAACUAAGAUUCUCGUUAUUUCACUUUCAUCUACU